AUGGGUUCUGGGUUUUCUCUCUUCACCAAUGGUUCAUCUUCUUCCUCUCGUAACAGAGAUCUGCUAGAGCCUGGUUUUGGUGAUUUGCCUGAAAGUUGUGUGGCGUUGAUCCUCGAGAACUUGGAUCCGGUCGAGAUCUGCAGAUUCUCAAAGCUAAAUAGGGCUUUCCAUAGCGCUUCCUGGGCUGAUUUCGUCUGGGAAUCGAAACUUCCUGAAGAUUACAGAUUGAUUCUCGAGAAAAUCCUCGGUGGUUUCCCGGAAAAAGUGGGCAAAAGAGACAUUUACAACUUUCUUUCUCGUGUUAAUUCCUUCGACCAAGGCACAAAGAAAGUUUUUGUUUCGGUAGUUUAUGUUCGAAAUUAUGUUGAUUCUUGCAGAUUCGGUUCGGUAGCAUACCUUCAACAAAUCUGGUGGUUUCAAGUUGAUGGAGAAAUCGAUUUCCCGUUGCCAGCUGGAACCUACAGCGUCUUUUUCAGGCUUCAGUUAGGUAAACCGGGAAAGCGGUUUGGUUGGAAGGUUUGCAACACUGAACAGAUUCAUGGUUGGAAUAUUAAACCGGUUCGGUUUCAAAUCUGGACCGAAGAUGGUCAACACUCUUCGUCUCAAUGCAAGUUAACCGGAUCAGGAAGCUGGAAUCAUUACCAUGCUGGAGACUUUGUGGUCGGGAAAGGGAAAAGCUCGUCGACGAAGCUUAAGUUCUCCAUGACUCAGAUCGAUUGUACACAUACCAAAGGAGGGCUAUGUGUGGAUUCUGUAAUUGUGUAUCCCAGCUCGUGUAAAGACCGGUUGAAGCGGGUUUAAGUCUCUAAACCGAAGUUUGGUUUAGUUUAGAGGUUAUGAAAGCCAACUCUUUUAGAAGUAGCUUCUUAACCUUUUGUAGAAAGUUUGGGGGUCAAAGUAAAAAUAGAAAAUAGGAGUAAUUAGAGUCUUUGUUUCAGAAUAGUUUUAAAGUUCAAUGUGUAAAACUUAAGUUUGAAGUUUAAUUGUAGUUUUCUUUUUAACUUUCUCAUUAAACUAGCUUUUGUAAGACCCGGUUAAUGCAGACCGGAGUUCGUAAAUUGUACCGACUGGGAGAGAACCGUAUUUACUCUAUAACCAAAGCAUAACAAGCAUUAUGAUCUUUGAAAUGUUGAAUGGUUCAGUAAUACGAAAAUAAUGGCUGUACACCUAUUUCACUGGCCAAGAACAUAAAAAUUUACGCUAAGUAAC